UAACAGCACGCGUCCCUCGUAUUUAGCGGACCCGGAUGGUCAUGGGUACCUGAGGGGAGCUAAUUGGGUCGGUUCGUGCCCAUCAGGUCCUUGAGAUAAUUUGACAGCUGAGGAGCCCUUUACACCUUAGCACCUGACGGUUGCACCUUGGCAUCUGACGGAGUUGGGAGCUUAGUGCGCCCACAAUGCCCCUCUUUGGCCUUUGAGCUCCUCCUUGGUCCAUGAGCUCCUCCAUGGCCCAUGAGCUCCUCCAUGGCCAAUAAGCUCCACCUUGUUGGACCUCCAUAUCUAGAGUAAAAAUUCAUGCACCAUUAUUUUGGAUUUUUUGAGAGAUAACAUUUGCCCCCCAAGUUUAUCAUAACUUUAUAAUGUUAUGAUGGACUUGUAGAAAAAAUAAUCCCCGCGCGCUUGGACUUCACACCCGCAACUAUUGGUACUGCCGAGUGUAGACAUGUAGAAGACCACCAAUAUUUUUAAGCAUCUUUGGACAUGAACAAAAGAAGUGAAAAAAAAUUAAUUAAUCCUUAUAGCCUUUAAAUAGGCCUCUCCUCUCUUCACAACCCAUCCAUUCUACUCUUCACUCUAUAUUAAAAAUAAAAGCUUUUCUAAAAACCCUCUCAAAUAGUUCAAAAAACCAUUUCAAAGGAAUGCUCAAAGUGGAAACUAGAGAUUAUUGGAAGGGAUUCAAGCUUGGACAUCACUAUUGAGUAAGUUUCUCUCAUCCAUUCACUAUUUAAUUCUAUUUUCCAUGUUAAAAUUCAUAGAAAAUAUGAAAAUCAUAGUAUUCUUUGAACUUUUUCACAAAACCCUCUUUUUACAUAUUUGAUUUUUCCUAAUGUUGUGAAAUUUGGCUUGAAAUUUUUGGAAUCUAUGAAUGAAACUUUGCAAUGUAGGCUAUGGGUUAUCUUAAUCCACUAUUUAUUUUAGAAAUGAGUGAGAUUUAUGCAUUUGGUAUGAUUUGAGUGAACUUUUUGGAAAAAAUGAAGAACAUGAUGAUGAUAAUGAUGAACAUUUGAAAUUUCUAGUUUUGAUCCAAAAGACAUUUAAAAUGGAGGGAAAAAUGUGUUUGUGGUUAUUUAGGCUUUAGAGGAUAAAGACAAAAAGGUAGAAUAGGUUGGAAUAUGUAGGAAUUGAUGAGUGUGGAUGUGUAGAGGCUUACUCCACGCCUAUUGUGUGUGUGUGUUUUUUUUUUUUUUAAAACAAAAGUAACAAUACCAAUUGGGUCUCCUCUUGUCCCAAUUGGCUCCACUUUCCCUUGUUGGAGCUCAUGGAGCCAUUCAAUAGGCUCAACUUUCCUUUGUUUAGCUCCACUUUCCUUUGUGGAGCUCAUGGAGCCAUUCAAUAGGCUCCACCUUUUUUUUUCAGCUCCAUUUUAGGAGCCUAUGGAGCUCAUGGAGCCAUUCAAUCGGCUCCACUUUCUCUCUUUCAGCUCCAUUUUUUUUUUCAGCUCCAUUUUUUUCUUUCAGCUCCAUUUUUUUCAGCUUCAUUUUUUUUCAGCUCCAUUUUAGGAGCCUAUGGAGCCAUUUGACCCCUUUGUAGGAGCUUAUGGAGCCAUUUGCUCCUUUGUUGGAGCUCUUGGGGCUACACAUAUUGCUUUAUUAUUUUUUUUUUUACAUGUGUAUAUACCAAGAAUACAUAGAGGAAGUUGAUGCUUCAAUAAAAUUCUAAUAUACCCAAAACAAGCCAAAAAAUAAAAUAAAAUACUUUUUUUUUUUAAAAAAAAAAAAAAUAUUCAUUUAGCAUAGUUAAAUUAAAUUAGAUUUAUUCCAAUCCAACUUAACACAAUUAGAUAUUUCCAAUUUGAUUUAAAUCAAAUUUAGUUUACAUCUAAUUUUUGUGAUUGAAUUAGUUUUUAUCUAAUUUAUUUUAAUUAACUAGCCUCAUCACCUUACCAAGUGAAUUUAACAUAGCAUUUUUUUUAUUUAUUUUUUGUUACCUCAUUCCAUGCUUGCAUGCUCACUCCCCAUACUUGUGUUUGUAGAUGUAUGCUCGUGACCAUUGGGGAGGCGACAACCAUAUUGACGACGACCUCCUUGCUCACCUAUACUCAGACUACCGGUCACCUCCAAAUUCAUCUGAUUCGUCGUCUUCUCCUAGCCCUUUAAGUAGUAGUGAGUCAUCUGGCGGAUCUCACGAAACUACAUGUCCUAUUCAUAGAGUGAAGAGAUUGAAAAGAAUCCUCCCACGCUGGGCCUUGUACUUUUUGCACGAAGGAGAGUGCUCCACCCCUCACGCUAUUACAGAGAUGGCCAAUCCUUCCUCCCAAGACGGCCCAGAGGAAAAUGAAGCUCAUACUGCUCCUCAAAAUCCUCCUACCCAAAAGAGGCGGACUCAGCAAGAGGGAACGGCUCCACACAUGGCGACCAAAAAACAAAAGAAGCGGAACCAGCGAGAGGUUCAGCGCAUGGCGUCUACCUUAGAGGCAAAGGCACGCUAUGAUCAGAGUACUUGGGAUCCCAACGUCUCAAUCGAACGUCCAGACAGCAGUUUGGAGUCGUCCGAGGUGCAAAGUUACCUCUCUUCGUACCCUCUUGGUGAAGGGGUGAAGGUAGUCCCAGCGAAGAAAGGCCAAAAAGCCGGCUCUCCCCCAGGUGAUUCCUGUGCUUGGACGAAAUACCACAUCGAGGCUGGAGCGACCUUGCCACUCCAUGAUUACUUUCGAGAGGUGGCGAACUACUUUGACGUUUCGCCGGCCCAAAUUGCUCCUCAUGGGUACCUGGCCUUAUCUGCUUUGUUCAUAAUAUAUCAUCAGAAGGGAUGGGGGAGACCUUCUCCUCAUGAAAUUCACUACCUCCUUUCCUUCCGGACUUGCCCGUCCAUGAACCAUUCAGAGUACUUCUACUUUAUGAACCGAGAACGGAAUCAGCCGUAUGUUUCUGGUAUUUGUAGCACAAACCGCAUUGACAAGCAUCGGACGUCCUACUUUUUUACAACCCCCAUGGACACUACCCACCGGGCUUUCAACCAUACGGGUACAUAUUCCAGACCGAUCCCAACCGAGGAGAUGAUACAACACGCGGCAGCCUUGACAGCUAUGCCAGACGCUGAAAAAUCAGCUCCAAAGAUUGUAACUCCAGAGAUGCUCAAGUUAGUGGGAUUGUACCCUCUUGAGCAUAACACAAUUGUCGCAAGCACAAUCGAUGGACCUGAUGCUCCUGCUAUUCCCAUUGACGGGGGGAAUCCUUCUCAUGGGAACUUUACUACAGCCGACUCUUCCAUCCACAGAUCUUUACCACCCGCUACUUCGAGGAGGGACACUGGAGUGAUUGUUGGUGUUGAUAGCAAUCCCGAGGAUACUACAAUGCUCAAUGAUUAUAGCUCUGAAGAUUCAGAUAUGUUCCACCAACUAAUUGCGAGUUAUGGUGAGAGUGAGGAUGUUAAUGAGUCUGGAGGAGAGGAAAGUGCUCCAGACCUUCCUCUAGUCCCUCGAGCCUGCUCCCAACUGAGGAAGCCUUGUCCUGCCGCGGUAGAAGGCGAGGAGAAUGCUCAAGUCUCUCCUUCUGUCCCAAAUAUUGGUGGCCGCAUGAGGAGACCUUCCAUCGUGGUUCCCAUAAUUCGUCCCGAUGAUGCCACAAUUCAGAUGCUAGAGUCUGUGCAUGACAACAUUGACCUCCUUGUUCGAAAAACUGCAACCGUUGAGGUGGUGCGUGACAUGUCCAACUACGAAGGUGAUACUGUCACUAAAGGAGUCCAAGACAUCCUUCGGGGUGUGACUCAAUUCAUGGUCUCCAAUCGUCAGUCUUCAAAUUUACAAGAGAAACUAGCUGCCGCAGAAGCAGCCCUUAAGGAGCAGAAGAAACUCUCCGCUCUUUCGGACGCAAAGCAUGAGCGUGACAAGGAUGAACUUAAGGAAAUUCUUGGUAGGAGGCUGACGGAACUCAAUAAUGCGCAGACCCGGCUGGAGGAGAGAAAGACUCAAGUGAAUUAUUACAUUGAUCAGAACCUUGAUCUCGCGAAGAAGAAUACGGCGCUAGAUACAGUCACUAAAGAACAUGACUCAGCGGUUAAGGCUCUUAAGGACACCAUUCAGAAACUUGAGGAAAGGGCAGCGAAAGACCGUCAGACCUACAAGCGCGCCUUCGACGACCAAUUUUAUCAGUUGUGGAAAAAUAACCAAAAACUUAAACUUAACCUUUCACACAUGCCUCCCCAGACUAAAGAUAAGGAGCUUAUGAAGUGCAAGGCAAGACUCCUUCGAGAAGCCACGCUUCCUUCCACGACUGAUAUUCCCGGUGGUUCUACUUCUAUGGACCCGCCUGAAGAUACUCUUCCUUGAGAGUUUUAGCCUUUGUGCUGUUUAUCCCGAGCGCAUGUGCUCCUUAGUUUUAUCAUCUUUAGACAACUUUCAUGGGUAGUUUGUGUUUUUCUUUCCUUGGUUACUUUUCAUCCAAGUACUUGACACACUCUAUUUUUUCUAAGUUAUCCUUAGUUAAAUAGCUAAUUAAAUGAGUUUGCUCUUUAAGCUCUCUUGA